AUGGAUCAACCAUCAAGGGCUCGAGUCCCUCUUGUCCUCUUCAUUUUGGUGAUUGUAUCCCUCUUUGUAAUCUUUAUCGGAUCAAAUCAAGCCCGAUCUGGAUCCUUUGUGGCCAUAACUCACAAGUUUGAUAUCCCUCGUCCCAUGUCCUUCAUGCCAUUAUCGUCAUCGAGGGCUGUAGAUGAUUUAGAUGAGGCCUUAGCGGGCGCUGCAACUGGGUUUAAAACAGUGAUCUUAACCGUCGUGAAUAAAGCGUACGUGGAGGGAGAUAAAGCAAUGCUGGAUAUAUUCUUGGAUGGGUUUUGGGCAGGAGAAAAUACACGAUCACUUGUUGAUCAUCUUUUGGUCGUCGCAAUCGAUCAAACCGCAUAUGAACGAUGCAUGUUUCGUAGAUUACACUGUUAUAAACUCAAGACAGAUGGCGUGGAUUUCGACGGAGAGAAGAUGUACAUGUCCGAAGAUUUCAUCAAAAUGAUGUGGCAAAGAACCCUUUUUCUGGGAACUGUUCUCAAGCGUGGAUACAACUUUAUCUUCACCGAUACAGAUAUAUUGUGGCUAAGAAAUCCAUUUCCGCUGCUAAACCUAAACGAUAACAUAGAUCUUCAGAUCAGCGUCGACAAGUUUAACCACGACAACCAAUUGUCGGAAAAAGAUCAACUCAUCAACACUGGAUUCUACAUGAUAAAAUCAAACAACAAGACCAUGGCUUUGUUCGACGAAUGGUACGCGAGAAAGGACAGCUCAACUGGGAUGAAAGAACAAGAUGUUCUUUGUGAACUAAUGAAGCAAGGUGCGUUUCAAAGGUUAGGCCUUGGAGUUAGGUUCUUGGACACGGUACUUUUCAGCGGAAUUUGUGAAGAUAGUAGAGAUGUUAGGGCAGUUGUAACUGUUCAUGCUAACUGUUGUCGUAGUAUCAAAGCCAAGGUGCAGGAUUUACAAACGAUUAUGCAUGAUUGGCAGAGGUUUAAGGCUUCCCCCAUUGAUCAAGCCUUGCAGUUUACAUGGUCUAAUCACUCUGCAUGUCUAGACUCAUGGAACGAAUGA